UUUGGCGUCAUCCGUCACCUCGGCGUCCCGAAGCCGGAAACACCUUUUCUGCGGCAUUUCAGCCUCUGUCUAUAUUUGCUAACCGCUUUGGCAGAUAAGAACAUUUAGUUAGUAAGAAAAAGCAAUGGGAGUCAACGUGGAGACACUUUCCCCUGGUGAUGGGUCUUCAUACCCCAAGAAAGGCCAAACUGUAGUAGUGCACUACACUGGCACAUUGACUAAUGGUCAAAAGUUUGACUCGUCCCGCGACCGUGGUAAGCCUUUCAAGUUCAAGAUUGGCAAGGGUGAGGUCAUCCGAGGUUGGGAUGAAGGAGUUGCUCAGAUGUCUGUGGGUGAAAGGGCCAAGCUGACAUGCUCGCCUGACUAUGCGUAUGGCCAGCAAGGUCACCCCGGUGUAAUCCCACCCAACGCAACUCUCAUCUUUGAUGUUGAGCUCAUCCGUCUUGAAUAAUGUUAUUCAGUCACAUACGAAUUUGCUCUAUAUUUAAACAUUUUGUAAAACUAAUCAGAAGUCAAUUCUAAUCAUUUUUUUAAAUAUUUGUAGGUUUUUAGUGCAAUAUUAUCUUUCUACCUCUUCUCUGGAUGGUACAAUAUUUUAUAGUUGCACUUCUUAAGAACAUUCCGGAAGCAUUUUCAAGUUAAUUACUGAAUCAGCCUUUAGUUACCUAAGCAUACAUUUCUCGUAAACUCUAAUGCUGGAUUUUAGCGACACUUUUCUGAGUGUGGCAAUUACCAACAUUGUAAUAAACCAGAUUACAUUUAUUUGUGCACAUAUUGUUUUGCAUUACUUAUAUUUUUGGGCUCAAAUUUUUUAAUAAAACGAAAUGUACGUUUUAUUUUUUUUCUUCUACAAGUGAAACAAUAGUGAAAACAUACUAUCAAGCUUUACUAUGAUCAUAAGUUUUAAUUAAAUGUACUACUGUGGAA